AUGAUAUGUCAGCUGCGCAUCCAUGCCUGGCUAACGACGGCCGGUGCGAUCCGGAAAGAAGGCCGACCAACGGGCAUCUUCCAAAGAGAACUGUAUUAUGGCCACGCCAUUAACAAUGGCGCGCCUAGGCCUUCUGACUUCAAUUUUCGCGCGACCAUUAGCCACCUAAACGGUAUCCCUAUAACCGAACUUCCACGAUUGUCGUUCCAGAGACUCUCGUGGUAUGCCAGCGCUCAGAACCAAGCUCUCUUCGUCGACGUCUCUCUUCGGGACGAGAACGAAUACUACAGCUGGGACCGAGUGCUGGAAGGCAACUUCACAGAGUUCUUCCGAGCCGACGAACUCCUAGUGGCGGUGCGUCUCGCGGACCGGAACAAUACGACCCGUCCGACAGCCGUCCCAUCCUUGAACCCCCAAUUCCGUCUCGGGGACCCGCAUUCCGGCUCUGGGACCUGUCCCGCUCUAACACCCGCUCUAGCACCCGCUGUAACACCCGUUCUAACACCCGCUGUAACACCCGUUCUAACACCCGUUCAAGACCAAAUAGUUGCCCCACAAGAACACACCAUUGCACCGUCUGGUCUGGACAGGUGUUCGGAACACAAAUAA